CAAUGGACUGAAGAAAGUCGCGUGGACGGACGGCUGCCUCGACCAAUGGGAGCUGCCGGCGCGCCAGCCUCACACAGUGCGCCGCGGCUCGGGGAGAUGACGUCAGAGAGUCAGCAUGGCGGGGAGCGGCCGGAGGCCUGAGCAUCGCGGUCCCCCGGAGCUGUUCUACGAUGAGGCCGAGGCCCGGAAAUACUCCCAGAACUCUCGAAUGAUUGAGAUCCAGUCGCAGAUGUCAGAGCGGGCUGUGGAACUUUUGGGCUUGCCAGAAGAUCGGCCGUGUUUCCUUCUGGAUGUUGGCUGUGGCUCUGGUUUGAGUGGAGAUUAUAUCUCUGAAGAGGGACAUCACUGGGUUGGGAUGGACAUCAGUUCUGCCAUGCUGGAUGUUGCUAUGGAGAGAGAGGUGGAAGGAGACCUCAUCCUUGCAGACAUGGGGCAGGGGAUUCCCUUCAGGCCAGGCAUGUUUGAUGGCUGUGUCAGUAUUUCUGCAGUGCAAUGGCUCUGUAACGCUGAUAAGAAGACACACAGUCCCCCAAAACGCCUGUAUCGAUUCUUCUCAACCCUUUAUUCUGCCUUGGCCCGAGGGUCCCGAGCCAUCCUGCAGUUGUACCCUGAAAACUCAGAACAGGUGACUUUGGCUGAUGGGGAGAGGGGAUGCAAGGAAGGAGGAGGCAGAGAAGCCCUGCUCAAAGUUUGGCUGUUUUUCCAGGGGGUACUGGGAGCUGAGCUGGAGCUCAUCACUGCGCAGGCCAUGAAGGCAGGGUUCACGGGAGGAAUGGUGGUGGAUUAUCCCAACAGCGCCAAAGCCAAGAAGUUCUUCCUCUGUCUCUUUGUUGGGACGGCUGGUGCGUUACCAAAGGCCCUUGGUGCUGAGUGCGCUGAUGGAGAGGAGUCCCAGCAGGCCAAGUUCACCAAUGAAAGAACACGGUUCAGAAAUGCCAAGGGCAAGUCUGUAAAGAAAAGCCGGGACUGGGUCUUGGAGAAGAAGGAACGCAGACGGCGGCAGGGCAAGGAAGUGAGGGUGGAUACGAGAUACACUGGCCGAAAGCGGCGGCCUCGCUUCUGACUGCCCCGCAUAUUCCAGCUCGAUGGUCGCUAUGCAACAGCCCCUGUGGAACUUCCCUGCAGCUCUUGUGCCUCCCUGGAUGGGCCCCCCUGGUCUGAAAGCUGCUUGUAUGGAGCGGGUCUCUGUGGCCCUUGCAGCGGAAGGCUGGGCCAUCUCUGCUGCUGUCCAGGGUCCCAUUUGACGCUUCUGGUUGUAUUUCAUGGGAUGAUGCCGGUCACGAACAGACUCUGCAUCUAUUUUUAUGUGCUGGGCGCUGACACUGAGCUGGCAGACCCCCUUUCUUUGGCCAUCUGUUAUGAGAGCCAACUGGAGGGGUCAGAAACACUGGUGGGCAGCCUGCCCCGUACUGGGUGCAAAGGGCCCUGGGUGAUGGGACCUUUCCUGAUGAGCUUCCAGCCUACUCAGUAAAUAGGCCCUUGGUUACGAGUACUGCAGAGCUGUCGUCUUUCCGGGGGUGGUUCUGUGCACAGCAAGGGCUGAUGGACCUAGUGCUGGUCUCCGCUGCUCCUCCCUGGUUCACAGGAGUAUUUGCACAGUGCUGUGCCCUCUGCUUGGCUGCUGCAGGGUUACAUACUCCGGUCGUGUGGCGUAUGCUCAGUGAGCACUGAGAAAACCCACCAGUCGACCAGACUAAGCACUUCCGCAGCACUCAUGGGCUGGCAGCUGGAGGUGGGGGGCUGCUGUAUGCUACCCACCCUGCAGGGGCCCAUUCCUCCUUUAGCUGAGGGCUUCAACGGGCCCUUGGAGGAACACUUCUGUUCCUGGCUGCAGCACGGCCCUGCCCAGCCAGCCAAUGGAGGUGCCCUCGCUUCGUCCCUCCCCUCAGCCGCAACAGAGCGAGGAGCCCACUGCUGGCUUUACGGCUACAAAUGUUUAUUCUGCAUAAAAAUUCCACCCAAUGGGAAGCUGUUUUGCACCCAAAGCUGGGGGCGGCGAGUGAACUGAGGGUGGGACCGGGAGCUGGGUGUAGACAGGAGGCAACGUACAAUGUUGUUCUAGCCAUGGGGACAGAGCAAGUCAGGUUCAAGAUCCACAUAGAAAACAAGGACACUUAGCUCACGGUACAGCAACGUUACAACCAAGGGCUUGCUCUGAACUCUUUCAAGUACAUUAAUUAAAAAACAAAUCCCAGUAUGAGUGAAAGCUGCCUGUGCCCCCCUGCCCCUCCCCUGCAAUACUGUGUCAAGGCCCUGGCGCUGGGAGUCCUGGGGGCACGUAGCACAGGUGCUUCUUGAGAAAAGACGUGUUUCCAAAGGAAAAGUAAAACAUCUUCCCCACGCCCAGCACAGCCUGGCUAAUCGCAUCCCCUCGUGCAGUAGGCUCCCCAAGGUGCAGGGAUUGCACUAUUGCACCAACCCCCCUUCCCUCCCCUAAGCCUGGCCUGCUGCAGGCUUCUCAGCCCCACUGCUUGGUGGUUAUGGCAGCGGUGGGAGCAGCUGCUGGGAGGAGAGCCCUAGCUGGGCAGAAUCCCACUUGCUGUGUCCCCAGUUGCACCUGCCCGCUUUGUAUUGCUGGUUUCCUCGCUGCCCCCGUCCCUGGGCCCCUGCAUGCUCAGCUGUUCUGGCUGCAGGACUCUGUGCUGAGUGCAGGGGGUCCCUGCAGCGGGGUCUAUUGCAGCCCCUGCACCUGAGGAUGGGGGCAGGGCUGUCUGGCUCACCCCGGCCGGUGGUCUAGGCUGCAAUGGUGCUGCAGUGCCUUGGCCCCCGCAAGGGGUGUUUAGGAAGAAAUAGCUGGUCAGCCUCCACCGCAGCUGCAUUUUGAAGGGGCGACCACCAGUCCUGGCUCACCAGGAGCUGUCCAGCCCUUGCCUGCGGCAGAAGCCCUCCCCUGGCGGUCGCGUGGGCCAGGCUUUGCAUGAGGCAGAGCAGAGCAGCGUAGUAUUAAAUCUCUGCUGGCGCUGGGGUCUAGAAUCCGGGCCCCAGCCUAGCCCAGGAGCUGAAUGCCCCCAAAGGCAGCGUGUGACCAUACGCAGCCCGUCUCCCCCAGCAGGGCUGCCAGCGCCAGGGGAAGAUGCCCCUUGACUCUGCCCGUUUCUCAAGCUUGCUGUGAAGUAGCUGCUCGCAGCUCAGGACUACAGCAGGGUUAGGUCCUGAACCCAGGUGGGACUCAAGCUGCGCAAGGCCAGAGGCUGGUUACCUGGAGGGAGCCGAGCCCUGCCCUGUUCUAGCGCCAUCUUCGGCCGGCCCUGCCACGCCUGGAGGGAGCCGAGCCCUGCCCUGCC